UUCUUCUUCAUUCUCAUUUUCCGAUCGAUUCGCCGUCGCAGAAAUGACGAAGCUCAGGAAGCUCGGCCGGCACACGGGUCACCGUAUGUCCAUGCUCAGGACGCUGGUAUCCCAAUUGGUGAAACACGAGCGAAUCGAGACCACUAUCACUAAGGCUAAAGAAGUUCGUCGUCUUGCUGAUAACAUGGUUCAACUAGGCAAAGAGGGCUCACUGGAUGCAGCUAGGCGAGCUGCUGGGUUUGUUAGAGGAGACGAUGUGAUUCACAAGAUCUUCACAGAGUUUGCUUAUCGAUACAAAGAUAGAGCUGGUGGGUACACGAGAAUGCUUCGCACUCGCAUACGAGUUGGCGAUGCUGCCCCAAUGGCCUAUAUCGAGUUUAUCGAUAGAGAGAACGAGCUAAGACAAUCAAACCCACCAACACCUCAACCGCCACAACGAGUGCCGCUUGACCCAUGGGCUAGAUCCCGUCUCAUGAGGCAGUACGCACCACCAAAGGAGGAGAAAAAUUCUGAUUCCGAUCUAUAAACAAUAACAUCUCUUCUGCUCUGCUCUCACACACCAAGAGAUCAUGUUUUUGUUCCUCCUUCCCCAUGCUGUCUCUCCUUGAACCCAUACCUUGUUUGUUACACUAUCAUUCAAUACAUGUUUGACAAUAAUAACUUAUUACCAUUUUGGUUGAAUGUAAGUUUCCUAAAACCGCCUUUACAACA